GGAAUAGAAAGAACAAAAAGCCAAAUAAAAAAAAACUGAGUAAUCUACUCAAUAUUACUGAUAUUUGAUGAUAAAUCUUUUCUUUUGUAGGUGCAAGAGUGCUUGAUGAACGUUUCAAGUUACAAAAAAAAAGUGUUUAAUGAAAAAUAUAUAUCAAGAACGAUGAUGACCAACUUUGAUUAAAAUUUGCGUUUAUGCUACUGCAUAGUUGGUAAUAUAGUAUUAGUAGAUGAGAUGAAUCAGUACAAUUGGUAAACAUUUUCACAAUCUUAUCGUAAGUCAAAUCUUCUUAAGGUAUGAUUCUAAAUUCAAAGUAUGCUCAUACAAUUCAACAUAGUAAGCAUGCAUUUUCUCAAUCUGAUCAUAAUUGAAUCUUUUAUAGCUAUGAUUCUAAGUUAAAUAUAGCUCAUACAAACCAAAACAAUGAAUCAGUAAAAAGUUGAUCAACCAUUUUUCCAAUCUGAUCGUUCUUAAGGUAGGUAUAUGAUUCUGCUAAGUUAUCACUAUGAUCAUGCAAAUCUAUAGAAAAAACUUUCGGAUAUUUUUCCCCCCACCAGUUGGCUAAUUUUCUCUCCAUUUCAUAUUUGCAUUAACUUAACUUUUUUCGUUACACAUUUAAUUUUUGGCUUUUAUUAAUUCAAUGAUAUGACUUCUCAGUGGGCACAUAGCCCAAGAACUAUGGAAACACGCUCUCCAUUAAAAGAGGGAGAUAGAUGAGGAAGAAGAUGGAGAAGACAAAAACAAAAUAAAAAACUUCCAUAUCUUCCAAUUAUAUUAUUUCCUUUCUCUUUUUGUAUUUUCCAUUUUCGCUGCGUUUGUAAACUUCUCUUUCCUCUUUUUCUUUUCGUAUUUUCCAUUUUUUAUCCCUCCUGAAUAUUUUCCUCUCUCUGUUUUUUUUCCCCGGGAAACAGAAGGAAAAUUCCAUCUUAUUUGUUUAUUUUCCCGGAAGGAGGGAUCUUGAGCUAUACCCAUCUUGAAAAGAGGUAUCUUUUCGGGUUUUGAGAAUCACAACUCAUCUCCUCUGUUUAGCUUUGCCGAUACUUUUUUUUUGCGUCUCUAUACAGGUCCUGUGUCUCAUUGUUGCACAUGGUUAUGUAAUUCUAUAGGGGAAUGAAUCAAAAGGUUCAUGCUUUCACUAGAUUCUAAAGCUAAGGGUUUUUGGGAGCCUACCUACAUUAGCCUUUGAGAUUGGGUUUUAUGUCUAGCCAUGGAGUCUUCAAGAGAUGCUAUGAAAGGCUGUGACUUUGGUUGUGAGUCUUGUGACUAUUCACUUGAUGCAUAUUCUUCAGACCCUUUGACUAUAACGUUGAAAAGCGAGAACAUGUUGUUACGAGGCUCUUCUGAUUCAUCUUCGAAUGAAUGUGCUGCUUUACUUGAGGAUCUUGCUUCCCGAAGGAAGACAGUGAAAGAACUUCACUUGGAGCUCGAAGAAGAGAGAAACGCUGCUGCAUCAGCAGCUAACGAGACAAUGUCGAUGAUACUUAGGUUGCAGAGAGAAAAAGCUGAGAUACAGAUGGAAGCUAGGCAGUUCAAAGCGUUUGCUGAGGAGACAAUGAUGCAUGAACAAGAAAAGGUAUCGGCUUUGGAGGAGUUGUUGUAUGAGAAAGAGCAAGCUAUUGAGGCCUUGUCUUAUGAGGUUGAAGCUUACAAGGAUAAGUUGAUGAGCUAUGGGGUAACUGAAGCAGAGAUACUUGGUUUUCGUAGAGACUCUUUUGAUGAUUACCCAUGUGAAUACACUUCUUUGAGAUGUAGUGUGGAUGAUGAGAACCCGAGUGAAUCAGAUGGUGAUGUUGAGGUUGUGGAGAAGGUGAUGGUUGAUCAGUCUCCAAGGUGGCCAUAUUAUGAUUCAAACUCGCCUUUAGGAACUGCUACAGAAGUAAAGGGGACGUUUACCACAGACUCUCCUAUGACUACUAGUAAGAUUGACAACGAGCCUCAGAGAUAUCAAGAUCCGGUGAUGAUGACUCAGCAAAGAGUUAAGGAGCCAGAUAUUGAGAAGCUAUACACAAGGCUGCAAGCACUUGAGGCUGACAGGGAGUCAUUGAGACAGGUCAUUGUAUCGAUGCGGAGGGACCAAGCACAGCUGGUGUUGCUGAAAGAGAUCGCACAGCAUUUAUCAAAGGAUACUGUCACAAGGCGAAACACGGUUAGCAAAAUGCCAUUUUUGAAAGCAUUCUCUGUAGGAACGGUCUUCAAGUGGAUUGUGUCUUUCGUUUCCUGGAGAAGGAAAGAAAAGCCAAACAACAGGUAUGUGUACCAUCUGCCAGCAAACAAUAUGGGGAUGCUUAUGAUUCUGGGCGAGGGAUGUCCAUCUAGAAGAUGGAAUUGCUUAACAAGUUCACAUGUCUAGACAUUUAUUAGUUUUCUCUCCUGGUAUAGCUAGUGCAAAUUGAAUGUACAUUUUUCUUUACUGCAAGACAUCCAAUCAAACAUGUAUGGAUGGUUCUGAUUCUUGUUGAAUACUAAAGUUAAUUGUAACAUGUUUGUGGAUAAUAACAAGAUCAUAACAACA